CACUUAUUUGCGGGAAGGAAUGGCGUUUUUUAGACUUCAUGAAUCGUAGGCUGUGUCGUAGGGCUAUAAUGAACGUGUUUAAAAUGAGUAGAAAGUGUAAAAAGUAUUUAUUAUGGUUCGCCCACGAGCACGUAGAUUUUAGGAAAUCGAGUCUAUUCUUGACAUGUAUGAUAUUAGUUUAAAGACUAUUGUCAGACCUGAAAACAACCCAUAUUGGAUUGUCGAGUCAAUUUCUGAAGCAGCUAUAAAGAAGAUUGCUAGCAGAUCGAUAUCGCUUCGCUCGUGCAUAGAAUUAUGGGGAAACGGUGGUAAUCAACAAGAUUUUCAUAAAUCUGUCAAAUUGUAUCCUCAGGAAAACAUGACGCCAUAUCUUAAUCCUGAGAAAUCAUUCAAAGUUAUUGUCGAAACGUUUUGCAAACACUUCACACAAGAUGAAAAAAUUAAGAAAAUUGAGUCCUUUAGCUAUCUUCCAACAGAGGGUCCUGUGAAUUUAAAGAAUCCCGACACUACAUUGAUGUAUAUUGAAUAUUAUGGACUUGAUCCAAAUACGAUUCCAGAGAAGCCUUAUCAAUAUUUCUUUGGCAGACUGAUUGCAGAUGGUCAGAGACAAUUAAUACGUAAAUUAUCAUUGAAAACGAGAACCUUUAUAGGUAAUACUUCAAUGGACCCCCAAUUGUCAUUAUUAAUGGCUAAUCAAGCACAGGUACAAGAUGGAGAUCUGAUUCUGGAUCCAUUUGUUGGAUCUGGGUCCUUAUUAGUCGCAGCAUCCCAAUUUGGAGGGUAUGCGCUAGGUACAGACAUCGAUUACCUUAUGCUCCAUGCACGUACUCGGCCCUCACGAAUUUCACAAAAGACUAGAGGAAAGGAUGAAAGCAUCGCAUCAAACAUGAAGCAGUAUGGUACAAGUUCAUAUUAUCUAGAUGUCCUUGUUUCUGACUUCUCCCUACCUGUUUGGCGGUCAGACAUGAGAGUUGAUGCAAUUAUUACAGAUCCCCCAUACGGUAUAAGAGAAGCAACGGAACGCGUAGGAACGGCAAAAAGACAGCCAGUAAUUGAGCCGCACCGAAUAGCCACCCACAUUCCUUCAAAAAUUGACUAUGGCUUACCCCAAAUUUUUGGAGAUCUUCUCACUUUCGCGGCCAAUCACUUAAAGAUUAACGGUAGACUGGUAUGCUGGUUUCCAUUGUUCAGAGAACAUUAUGCAGAUGACCAAAUUCCAUUGCAUCCAUGCUUGAAAGUAAUUGCUAAUUCGGAACAGAUUCUCAGUAGAUAUACCAGCCGGCGAUUAUUGACUUACAAAAAGAUCCGAGACCCACAGGAAGAUGACACAAUUAAUGAUUCGAAUAUCUUAGACUUUAGAGAACAAUAUUUUGGGCAACGCGAUGAAUCCAGAAAAGAAAGGAGAAUGCAGCGAGCUGAGAAGAGAGCAAAAAAUAAAGAGAACUGGGAAAAAGGCAUCCGAGAAAAAACUGACAGAUGACUAGACUUUUGUUACAUAUAAAAAAUUUUAUUGACCUAUUAA